ACAUUGGAUCUCAUUCUGAUUGGAUCCAAGCUUGUUACGUAUCAUCUUACGCAGCCUACAUCAAACUCUAUGAUUGGCUGAAUCGUUUCCUGUUUCCUUCACUGACGAGGUACAAGCUACACGUGAAGGUCAGUUUCUAAGAAAAGAACACCCAUAUUGCAAAUGUACCAAGGUUUACAUCAACAUGAACGGCCAAGGAGCAACAGCAGACCCACAGCUUCAACAGUUCAUCGAGAUCGAGUCUCAAAAAAAGCGCUUUCAGCAGCUCGUACAUCAGAUGACUGAGGUUUGCUGGGAAAAGUGCGUAGACAAACCUGGUCCAAAGCUGGAUUCGAGGACUGAGAUCUGCCUUGUUAACUGUGUCGAGAGGUUUAUUGACACCAGCCAGUUUAUUUUGAAUAGACUGGAACAGACUCAGAGGAGCAGGGGCUCUUUCUCAGAGACAAUGGCAGAAUGAGACUGUUACUUGGACUUGAGAGGACACAUCCUGGUCCAACCAGUGGGUCCUGAUUCUGAACACUUCAUUUACAAGAUCUAACUCAAAGUAUUUACUAUGCAAGUGCCUGAGAACGAGUGUUGGUCUGGCAAGCCCUGCUGUGACGUCAGAUAGAUCAGUGUGGCUCGUAAUUUAGAAUUAUACUGAAAUAGACGAAUGGCAGUUAUGUAACUUUCUUGUUGUUUAUUUUUACAGCUUGACACCAAGCAUAAUAUUGUAAACUAUACAUGUUUCAUCAACCAUCGUAGGGUCUAUACAUUUGCAAACUGCUUUUAUUACGUGCUAAACCAUAAGCAUCAAAUCUCUGGAAAUCAUGUUUUUAUUAACAUCUUCUUGACUGUACAUUCUUUGGCAAAUAACAAUGAGGUAACUUCACUCACGCAAGAAAACAUUCAUACACUGUAUAGAACUGUGCCAUAGUCUGUCAAGUUUGUACUUCUGUAAUAAGUUUGUAAAAAUAAUGAAAAACAUGUUUUUCAUCAGUUAAAUUUAAAAACCCUAAAAAACCUUUUGAAUCAGAA